AGCUGCCAUCAGUUCCUGCAACACAUGGGUUGCGUCGCGGUAGCAGACGUGUGUCCAAGAGGUGCUUCUGCUCUUGAGAGCUUCAUCCAGCUGCCAUUUGCAGAAACAGGAAAAGAGAUCAGAUGAGAAACCUGUACACACACACCGACCACUUUCGUCUUCUUCCUCCAGACACUAACAACAAAGUAGCAGAGGUUGUCACAGAGAGAAAAGGUGAAGAGGAGUUUCCUGUUCCAGGCGGUAGAAGAGCUUGUUGGCGAGGAGGGUGAGAGCCUUCUUGCGCUCUUCUCCGGCACUGGCGAUCACCUGGUGGAGAUCACAGUACAAGAAUGUGGACUUGAGGCGAAGCUCGCUGCCCGUCAGCUCCCACCCAUCCUCGUCCUCGGCAUCGAUCAGAUCGUCCUCCAUCGACAGCAGAUCGACCGCGCACUUCCUGAUCCUGUGCACACAUCCCUUCCUUUGCAUGCCUUCCAUCGACUGGUCUUCCUCCUUGCCUGCUCAUGCACACCGCAGGAUGAAGGCACAAUGCGAGCGGUCACUCACUGCAUCACCAUGGCAACGGACCACUCAUCGUAACCAAUGCUGCACACACACAGACUCUUGUAGUAUGUUCAUAGCAAGGAGGAUGUCACCUACUGUCGCAGAGACGAUGAAGAUAAGAAUUGAGUUGUUUGCUGGGCACGAUCAAACUAGAAAGUGGUAACACAAGAGCUGCACAUUGAGGAGUGGGUUGGGGUUUGAGGUUAAGAGAAGGAAGAACGAGAUGGGAAUACUAAGAGGUGGCUAUGCUUUUUGCGGAACAGGACAAGGUUGCCCCUUUAAUGGAGGAAUAGAUUUCAGCAUCACAAGCACAGACAAUAACGCAAGAAAGAGUCAGAUUUGCAGUAGAAAUCCUGACCUGAAACCAAUCAUGGAAACAUGGAUCAGAGCACAAGGAGAGGAAGAUGUUGGCCCUACCUGGCUUGUCGUGUUCUUGUAGCCAGCGUACAUGUGUCUCUCGCUCUAUAUCUGAUGUCGGGGCUACCCAACUCCUGGUGAUCGUAUGAAGCUGUGCGUAUAGUGACGCACGAUCUAUGCUUUGGCCGCUCCCAAGCCUCUGCUCUGCAAAGCAACAAAAGACCUUUUUCUUUGGAUGAACAGCGUAAGGAGCAACGUGUCUCGUCAUCUUGAUGCCACGGUGAACCAGUGCGCUGGGGAUUGCAUCUAGUAGCUGCUGCAGAGGACGCUGGUGAUUGCAUUGGAAGAGGAAGAGGACACGACGCUCGAUCCGGUUCCCAGCCCGAUGCAAGAUGGGCUCGAGCCCAAUAAAAAUGGGCUCGAUCUCUGCCCCCGCAAUAGGACUACAACCUUUCGCUUGCUUUUUCCCCCCUUCUGCUUUCGAUUCGUCGUCUGUUUCCUGCGGCUUGAUUCUUGAGAAGCGAACUGAUUUGCAGGUAAAUUUAGGACAAACGUUUCCACCUUCCUUGAGAUUUCGUGAUUUUUCUUCCUUUUCGCCGCUCUUGGAAUCUGGAAUCAGGGUUAGGGUUUAUCGUUCUGGGUUCCUUUGGACCUCCCUCUACGGCUUCGGAUGACACCCGAUUCCUAGGGUCGUCCUCUGCGAUUUCAUGUGGUAACUGUGCUACUUUCGAGACCCAUCUCGACGAAGUAAAAUAGCUAUUCUUGUUUGAUCUUUCGAUGUUAUUUUCUUGGAUCUGUGCUUUCGAGCUCUUCGGUGAUUGCGCUGCCAACUUGGUAUCAAUCAUGGCAGAAUGAAUGAAGGUAGUACUCUCAGAAGCAAGGAGACCGUCAAAGGGAAGGGUACUCACGAGUCAUAGCUUCUUUUGUGCCAGCCAGUCUAUGGCUCCAGAAAAAGGAUCUGACCAUGAGAUCUCUGGUUGAAGUUGGUCGAGCAAUAAAAUCUCAGUAAAUGAUCAUCUCCUGAUUUAGUGUUGAUAUUUGACUUGGAAGAAAGCAUAUGACUGAAGUAGUCGAUGACACUGAUGCCGGAAAGAGAAGACGUUUGCCCAUUUGGAUGGCGAGGGCAAGCUACUCCGGUGAGAAAAGGAAUUAUGGGGCAGGAGAUGGAUUGCAAGAUGCUGGUUCCGAGCCAAGGUCCACCGCCAGAACGCAGAAAAGAAAGCCAGCUCAGCCUGUCGACCAUUUGGAUGAGUUUGAAGCGACUCGAAGGACCAUUGCUAGACAAAGAAAGAGAAAAGCAAGUAGAAGAAAUGUCGGCCAGGACAGUUCCUUGAGUAGCAAUGGAAUAGGCGAGACAAAACCUACAACAGAAGAAACUGAGCAAGGCGAAACAACAGUCGAUAAUGCGGCUAAUUCCGUAAAGAUCGAAAGCAGGAAGUCUAAAAAAAGGUCCAAAACCAGUGUGGUUCCUUGCUCUCCAGCGAGUAGCGAGAGCGAAAUCGAGCUCACGGUUGAAGACCUGGUGCGGAUUGCGGAAGAGUAUGUAAAUGCUGACCGGCAGAAGCAACACGGAAGAUCGACUGCAAAGCAACCCAGAUCAGAAAUGGAUCCUCCAUGCUCUUCAGAUUCCUCUGUGGUCAUCGGAGGAGCAGGUCCUGGCCAAACUGCCUGCCCCAGCCUAGCAUUAUCAAGAUGCACGAAGACUUCAGGCCCCAAUUUUCCCCAAGCUACUCCGCGAACAGGAGAUGCUGCUCAAGAUAUGUUGGAUCUCCUUCUGGGUCCUCUCCUCAAGAAACCUACAUCCGAAGAGCAUGAGAACAGAACAGUGGCUACAGAAACUAUGAACUUGACCCAUAAACCUAGUGAGCCAUCCACCACGAGCAAGGCAAUCUGGAAAGAAGAGGUGCUGCUGACUAAAAGGAAGAGCAGCUUGAAGGAUAAGGUGGCCAUGUUACUUGACUAGGUGAACUUCUUUCAUUCAUGGUACCUUGUCAAUACAUUGAUCACGUCAACCAACCUUUCUUUCA